CGCACGCUGCGCGUCCCUCCCCGCGUCCCGCGCCCCGGGGCGCGCAGCACACACACCUGGCCCGGCCCUGGGCUCAGCUGCGGAGGCCGGAAGUGGAAGGAUCUCUGCACUGUACCCUGGAAACUUGAUUUUAAAAUUUAUAACAACAUGCCUUCUUUCCUGUGGCUCGAAGCCCUCUGCAUUUUCCUAUUUUCCAGAGUGUGCCCAUCGCUUCAUCUUCAGGAAGUCCAUGGGAACAGGGAGACCAUUGGGAAGAUCUCAGUUGCCAGCAAAUUGAUGUGGUGCUCGGCAGCAGCGGACGUCCUGUUCCUGAUCGAUGGCUCCCACAGCAUCGGGAAAGGCAGCUUUGAGCGGUCCAAGCACUUCGCCAUCACCGUCUGUGACGCUCUGGACAUCGGCCCUGAGAGAGUCAGAGUGGGGGCAUUGCAAUUCGGUUCCACUCCUCAUCUGGAAUUCCCCUUGGAUUCCCUUCCAACCCGUCAGGAAGUGAAGGCAAAAAUCAAGAGGAUGGUUUUCAAAGGGGGACGCACAGAGAUGGGCCUUGCUCUGAAGCACCUUCUCCGCCGAGGCUUCCCGGGGGGCAGGAACGGCUCCGUGGCCCAGCUCCUUAUAGUCCUCACCGACGGGAAGUCCCAGGGACCCGUGGAGCUGCCCGCCAAGCAGCUGAAGGAAAGGGGCAUCGCUGUGUUUGCCGUGGGGGUGCGGUUUCCCAGGUGGGAGGAGCUGCUCACGCUGGCCAGCGAGCCCAAGGAGCAGUAUGUUCUGUCGGCCGAGCACGUGGAAGAUGCCACCAACGGGCUGCUCAGCACCCUUAGCAGCUUGGACCUCUGCACCACUGCUGUCCCAGGCUGCAGGGUGGAAGCCCACCCCUGUGAGCGCAAGACGCUGGAGACCACCAGGGAGCUCGCUGGCAACGCCCUGUGCUGGAGGGGAUCGCGGUGGGCUGACGCGGUGCUGGCUGUGCGGUGUCCCUUCUACAGUUGGAAGAGAGUGUUUCUAACCCACCCGGCCACCUGCUACCGCACUACCUGCCCAGGCCCUUGUGACUCACGGCCCUGCCAGAAUGGAGGCACAUGCAUUCCAGAAGGACUGGACCGGUACCACUGCCUCUGUCCACUGGCCUUCGGAGGGGAAGCCAACUGUGCCCCGAAGCUGAGCCUCGAGUGCAGAAUCGACGUCCUCUUUCUGCUGGACAGCUCUGCGGCCACUGCUCCGGAGGGCUUCCUUCGGGCCAAGGCCUUCGUGAAGCGCUUCGUGCAGGCUGUGCUGAGCGAGGAGUCUCGGGCCCGCGUGGGCGUGGCCAGCUACAGCAGGGAGUUCGUGGUGGCCGUGCCUGUGGGGGAGUACCAGGAUGUGCCAGACCUGAUCAGGAACCUGGACAGCAUCCCCUUCAGGGGCGGGCCCACCCUGACGGGCAAUGCCUUGCGGCAGGCAGCGGAACAUGGCUUUGGGAGUGCCACCCGGACAGGCCAGGACCGCCCACGCAGAGUGGUGGUCCUGCUCACCGAGGCACACUCGCAGGACGCGGUGGCCGGCCCGGCGCAGCGCGCGAGAGCCCGGGAGCUGCUCGUGCUGGGCCUCGGCAGCGAGGCCGUGCGGGCAGAGCUGGAGGAGGCCACAGGCAGUGCGAAGCAUGUGAUGGUCUACGCAGAGCCUCAGGACCUGUUCAACCACAUCCCAGAGCUGCAGGGCAUGCUGUGCAGCCGGCCACGGCCAGGCUGCCCGGCACAGUCCCUGGACCUGGUCUUCCUGUUGGAUGCCUCUGCCUCGGUGGGGCCGGAGAACUUUGCUCAGCUGCAGAGCUUCGUGAGGAGCUGUGUCCUCCAGUUUGACGUGAACGCCGACGUGACGCAGGUCGGCUUGGUGGUGUAUGGGGGCCAGGUGCAGACCGCCUUUGGGCUGGACGCCCACCUCACCCAGGCUGCCGUGCUGCGAGCUGUAAGCCAGGCCCCCUACCUAGGAGGUGUGGGCUCAGCCGGCACAGCCUUGCUGCACAUCCAUGGCAAGGUGAUGACUGUCCAGAAGGGUGCCCGUCCUGGUGUCCCCAAGGCAGUGGUGAUGAUCACAGGCGGGAGAGGCGCAGAAGACGCAGCCGCCCCAGCCCAGCAGCUCAGAAACAAUGGCAUCUCCGUGCUGGUUGUGAGCGUGGGGCCCGUCCUCCGGGAGGCAGUGCGGAGGCUCGCCGGUCCCCGGGACGCCCUCAUCCACGUGGCGGCUUAUACAGACUUACGGUUCCACCAGGACGUGCUCAUCAAGUGGAUAUGUGGAGAAGCCAAGCGGCCGGUCAACCUCUGCAAACCCAGCCCAUGCAUGAACGAAGGCACGUGUGUCCUCCGGAACAGCAGCUACCGUUGCGAGUGCCGGGGUGGCUGGGAAGGUCCUCACUGUGGGAACCGAGUCUUGAGAGGAGAUGCCCCCAAGGCACGUGGCAUCCACCAAGAGCCUGCAGGAGGACACCAGCUCCUCAACUCCCAACACGUCCUUGGGCACCCUGGGAGCUGAAAGAGCCCUCACCUCAGACCGCACAUCUGGGGGCUCCUCGACCAUCUGCUUCUCGUUCUGUGCCGCCCCUUAAGACAGCCCAGCUGCAGACGUCGCUGCCUGCAGCAGCUGAUGUCGACCCUGACAACCCUUCCUAUGUUCACUUUCCAUACCUGGUUGUACCUCAUUGAGGUGAGUCAUCUGCCAUUCCCCGCUGAGGACAAUAAGAGGCCUCAGAGACUCCAGGGAAAUUCAAUAGCCUGUUUGAAGGUCCCUCUGCUAGCCACAAAUAUUAGACAAAAUGUGGUUGAUCCAGGAAUGCCCAGCUGAAGGUGCUUUCUAGUGCAUUCUUGGUAUCCGUGAGGAAAAGGUGGACUUUUCCAUCAGAAGGUCUCUCAUAUGCAUUCACUUUCAGUUUGAAAUGGGACAUAUGUGAACUUCUGACUAGAUCGGUAUAGAGGAGAGAUGUGGAAAUGUCUAAGAUGAAAUUUGUUCAAACCAUCCAAGUCUAGAGGGGCUGUGUGCUGGACACCAGACCCUUGGAGGGGCUUCCUUUAAAAAGAACAUAUGAAGAGGCAUCAGUGGUGGUCAUUGAAAACUUCCUUUAUGCUCAUUUUGGUAGGGUAAUGAGGAGUGUAAUUCUCAACAAAUACAGGAUAAGGAGACACAUA